AUGCUGAGCAGUUCUCUACGCAGAUGCAGCGGCUCGCUGCUGCGCGCCUCCAACCAAGCCUCCACACGAUGCGCCUCCGCUGCCCGUAGCUCGAGAUGCUUCUCUUCCGUCUCUGCUGCCCGUAGGCCUCUCGCCGUCUCUGCCACCCAGAAGAGGUACGCCUCGGCGCAGGCUCAGUCGCCCGACCCCAACGACAACUUCCUGUCCGGGAGCACUGCCAACUACAUUGACGAGAUGUACAUGCAGUGGAAAGAAGACCCCCAGAGCGUUCACGUAUCAUGGCAGGUCUACUUCAAGAACAUGGAGAGCGGUGAUAUGCCCAUUGCUCAGGCCUUCACGCCGCCGCCAAAUCUGGUCCAUAGCGCUACCGGUGGCGUCGUCUCGAGUCAACUGGGAGGCGUCGCCGCCGGCCAGGGUUCCGACAUCACCAACCAUCUCAAGGUUCAGCUUCUCGUGCGCGCGUACCAAGCCCGCGGUCACCACAAGGCUCGUAUCGACCCUCUCAACAUCCGUGGCGAGGGCAAGGGCUUCAGUGACAUCAAGCCCAAGGAGUUGAACCUCGACCACUACCAGUUCACCGAGAAGGAUCUUGACACCGAGUUCGAGCUGGGUCCUGGUAUUCUACCCCGUUUCAAGCGUGAGGGCCGCGAGAAGAUGACCCUGCGCGAGAUCGUGGCUGCCUGUGAGAAGAUCUACUGCGGUUCCUACGGUGUCGAGUUCAUCCACAUUCCCGACCGUGCCAAGUGCGACUGGCUCCGAGAGCGUGUCGAGGUCGCCCAACCCUUCAAGUACUCGAUCGAUGAGAAGCGCCGAAUCCUCGACCGUCUCAUCUGGAGCUCCAGCUUUGAGUCCUUCCUUGCCACCAAGUACCCCAACGACAAGCGUUUCGGUCUCGAAGGUUGCGAAACUCUUGUCCCCGGCAUGAAGGCUCUCAUCGAUCGCAGCGUUGACUACGGCGUCAAGGACAUUGUAAUUGGUAUGCCCCACCGUGGUCGUCUGAACGUUUUGAGCAACGUUGUUCGCAAGCCCAACGAGUCCAUCUUCAGCGAGUUCGCCGGUACUGCCGGCGCCGAAGACGAGGGUUCGGGCGAUGUCAAGUACCAUCUGGGUAUGAACUUUGAGAGACCUACUCCCUCCGGAAAGCGUGUCCAGCUCUCGCUGGUUGCCAACCCAUCGCAUUUGGAGGCUGAGGACCCUGUCGUCCUCGGCAAGACUAGAGCCAUCCAGCACUACAACAACGAUGAGAAGACCCACAGGACUGCCAUGAGUGUUCUCCUUCACGGUGACGCUGCAUUUGCUGCCCAGGGUAUUGUCUACGAGUGUCUUGGUUUCCACUCCCUGCCCGCCUUCUCCACCGGCGGUACCAUUCAUCUGGUUGUGAACAACCAGAUUGGUUUCACGACCGAUCCUCGAUUCGCCCGCUCCACUGCCUACUGUACCGAUAUUGCCAAGGCUAUUGACGCCCCAGUGUUCCACGUCAACGCCGAUGAUGUCGAGGCCGUCAACUUUGUCUGCCAGCUUGCCGCAGAUUGGCGCGCCGAGUUUCAGUCCGACGUGGUCAUUGACAUGGUCUGCUACCGAAAGCACGGACACAACGAGACUGACCAGCCGUCCUUCACUCAACCCCUCAUGUACAAGAGGAUCAGCGAGAAGGAGCCCCAGAUCAAGAUUUACGCCGACAAGCUGCUCGAGGAUGGCACCUUCACCAAGGAGGACGUUGAGGAACACAAGCAAUGGGUCUGGGGCAUGCUGGAGGAGAGCUUUGCAAAGUCCAAAGACUACCAGCCCUCGUCCAAGGAGUGGACUACAUCGGCCUGGAACGGAUUCAAGUCCCCCAAGGAGUUGGCCACGGAAGUCCUGCCUCACAACUCCACCGCCGUGGACAAGAAGACUUUGGAGCAUAUUGGUGAGGUCAUUGGAACUGCUCCCGAGGGCUUCCACGUGCACCGCAACCUGAAGCGUAUCCUUCAGAACCGCACCAAGUCGGUCCUUGAGGGUAAGAACAUCGACUGGUCGACAGCCGAAGCCCUGGCUUUCGGUUCCCUGGUUACUGAAGGUCAUCACGUUCGUAUCUCUGGCCAGGACGUCGAGCGUGGCACCUUCUCUCAGCGCCAUGCCGUCUUCCACGACCAGGAGACUGAGGACUCGUACACACCCCUGCAGCACGUUAGCAAGGACCAGGGCAAACUGGUCAUUUCCAACUCGUCCCUGAGUGAGUUUGGUGCCCUUGGUUUCGAAUACGGCUACUCCCUGUCGUCUCCCAAUGCCCUGGUCAUGUGGGAGGCCCAGUUCGGUGACUUUGCCAACAACGCCCAAUGUAUCAUUGAUCAAUUCAUCGCCUCGGGUGAGGUCAAGUGGAUGCAGAGAACGGGCCUGGUCAUGUCGCUUCCUCACGGAUACGACGGUCAGGGCCCCGAGCACUCGUCUGGACGUCUGGAGCGAUACCUACAAUUGUCCAAUGAAGACCCCAGAAUCUUCCCGUCCGAAGAGAAGCUUCAUCGUCAACACCAGGACUGCAACAUGCAGAUUGCGUACAUGACUACACCAGCCAACUUGUUCCACAUCCUGCGUCGCCAGAUGCACAGGCAAUUCAGGAAGCCUCUGAUCAUUUUCUUCUCAAAGUCUCUGUUGCGUCACCCUCUUGCUCGUUCCAGCAUUGAGGACUUCACCGGUCCUGAUGCCCAGUUCCAGUGGAUCAUCCCUGACCCCGAGCACCAGACUGGCGCCAUCAAGAACCCUGAGGAGAUUGAGCGUGUCAUUCUCUGCUCUGGCCAGGUUUGGGCUACUCUUUCCAAGUACCGUGCCGACAACAAGAUCGACAACGUUGCUUUCACUCGUAUUGAGCAGCUGAACCCGUUCCCCUGGCAACAACUGAAGGACAACCUGGACAUGUACCCGAACGCCAAGACCGUUGUCUGGUGUCAGGAGGAGCCCCUCAACGCCGGUGCCUGGAGCUUCGUCCAGCCUCGCAUUGAGACUCUUCUUAACCACACGCAACACCACGACCGGAAGCACGUCAUGUACGCCGGUCGUAACCCGUCAGCCUCUGUGGCUACUGGCUUGAAGGCUGCUCACAAGAAGGAAGAGGAGGACUUUUUGGAGAUGGCCUUCUCCGUGACGCAGGACAAGCUCAAGGGCGAGUAG